UUUCAAUUCUUGAUAACAGAAGCGCUUUGUUAAUUCUUCUCGUUCUCAAAGAUUCCAUCUUUUUCUUCCCCAAAACUCUAGCUCCGAAUUCAUUUGGGUCUCCAAUGGCACAAGCAAUGGACGUUGGAGACGAAGUUGUGGAGAACACUAUUCCUUCUCUUGUUAAAGGUUCUCUUGUGUCCGUUCAACAAGGCAAGGUCGGUUCUCCAGAAGACAUUGCUUGGGUUGAUUCCUGCUUGAUUAAAGAAUCUGACAUUACAGAUGAUAACUGGAAUUCUCUGAAAGCUGCACUAGUAGAAAUCCUUGAUUCUCAUCCUGAAUCACUCGGUUCAUCUUCAGGGGUAAGUAAUGAAUUACAUCAGGAAACCAACACUGAGAUACAUGCUUCCCGUGUGGAGUCAGAACCAAAUCACAUCUUUAUUAGGGAACAAUUGGAGACAGUAGAUGGUGAUGUUCCAACCAGUGAUGAUAUUCCAAUUAGCAAGGAUGCUAAUGAUUUGCAGUCAUUUACUUUUGAGGGAAAUCCAUUUUUGCCUGGUUACAAUGAUGACUCGGGAGUGUCUGGAAACCUUGAGUUAGGUGUCGAUAUGGAUUCUUGGGCACAUGAGAUCAAGCCUUCAGCUGAGGAUAUAUUCAGGGUUUGGAAUUUGGAAGUUCCAGAAGAAGAAGAUGAACUUGUUAAGCAGUUGAACAACGCCCUUGAAGAAGGUUUGCCUCAAUCCUUACGAUCAAGUAUUCCUGAUUCUGAUGCAUGGAAAAAUUUGGAAGAAACUUCGGUGGAUGAUCUAGUUGCUGGGAUUGCUGACCUGUCUUUGAAUCAAGUUUCCAGUUGAACAGUUGAUUGGUUUUAGUUGAUUGAUUGUAUUAGGUUUUGUAUUUUCGUUACUGAUGUUGUGCUCGUGACAGUUAGCUUCUUGUUGCACUUUUUCACUGAACAUAGAUGAGGCCUAGUUUAGUAUAGUUCAGCCAACAUUUUAUACAAAGAUCAGCGGAGUUUCAUGUUUGAAUCACCAAAUACUUAACCAAUGCAGGUCUGGAAGUUCCAUACUUCCAUUUAUGUCUUCAUCACAGUAUGCUUCACUAUUGGAAUGCUGUAGAUUCAUGAUAUUCUCAUUUGUGGAAGACGAAUUCUUUAGGUGGGGGUAUAUCAUGUAUGGUUCAACAUCUUGCCAAAAGGUCUCAUGGAAGCAUGUAGAAUGGUUGUUUGUGAAGGGCCUUGACCACUCAUUGGCAUUGCAAAUCAGCAAUGAAUCAGGUACUUGGUGAUUGGAGCUAGGUAGCAAGGAAAAUCAUGAGCACAAUCACGUCGAACAGCUGAUGUGGGAUGGUUUCGACCGUCAAUGUGGAAGUCGCAGUCUAAUCAAACCCUAUGUUAAACCAGAGCCAUUAGUCACUAAGAAGGGAACAAACGAGCAAGAGAGUUGCUAUUGCAGCCUCAUAUUUACAUGCCAAUUUGGAGAGGAAUCUCUUAAACCGAGUCUUUUUUGGACACUUUCUCAUUGCAAGUCGUCAUACAUUUGUCCCUUUGCUAAACAGAAGAGAAACAAUAUCAUGUGUUUUCCAACACAAUAAUCCUCCCUUUUUACAAGGUGAGCAAAAACCCUCAUGUCUGAACCACGUCUGCAGCCUGCCAAGUCAGCAAGUUAUCAUCUACAUGGCGAACCGGCAUUGGUCAUCACAUAACAGCCUCAAAUUA